CACAUGGCGCGGUGCUGCGAGCAGUUUCAGUUGUCACGAAGUUCCCGAAUUACGACUUGUUAAUCGCGCUGCGCACGACGGAAGAUGUAGGGUUUUCGUGGCGCCGUUUAUUCUCAGACUGCGACUAGCAUGAGCUUGUCCUUUUAACGCUCGUGUUGUGCUCGCUGGUCGAACGGCGCCAACCGAACGGUGGCUGCUCGUUCCAUGGGCCUUCUCUGUUCGUUUAGGAUUGUGCAUUGCGCUUCGCUUUGUACGUAGGCUCGCUGCGGCAAAGCGCGCGCUUUUUUCUGCGCUCGUGCGAGAGAUGGAUGACGAUCGAAGGAGGGAGCACAAAGGCGCCGUAAAGCACGGCACUCACGACGACUCCGUGAAUCGCAGGAGCAGUAUGUUCGAGCUUCGGCUGGUGACGCUGGACCAUUACCUCGCGGCGCCGUCGGCCCCGCUGGACCCUCUCGUCUCCAAGCUGGGCGGCUGGGAAGUCUGGCAGGUGCCCGUUUUGCGGAUCUUCGGUGUAACGCCCGCAGGCCAGAAAGCAUGCCUGCAUGUUCACGGGGUCCUGCCGUACUUGACCGUGCCGUGCACGGAGCCACGGCCCGAGCGCUCUGCUGUCGUGCUCGCCUCCGAGAUCGACCUGCUGCUCAACACGGCUGCUGGACGGGCCACCAGCAUGCACCGGCACGUCCACCAUGUGGCUGUCUUCCGCGGCACGCGCCUGUACGGUUUCCAUGACAGAGAGGAGACCUUCCUACGAAUCUACCUCUACAACCCGCUUCAUGUGCCCAAAGUGGCUGAGUUGUUGCUGUCAGGGCACGUGCUGAAGCAGGUGAUGCAACCACAUGAGGCUCACAUUCCGUACUCCUUGCAGUUCAUGGUGGAUCACAACCUUCAUGGCAUGAGCUUUGUACGUGUGGAGUCGUUCAAGUUCCGGCGGCCACUGAGCUGGGCGCACGACGACAGAAGCAAGGCCCUCGGUAGUGGACCUGGCAUCUGGAGCCUGCGAAACCUGCCCGUGGAGCAGUUUGGAGACCUGGAGAAGCAGACGACAUGCGAGCUGGAGCUGGACUGCUGCGCAAAGGAUAUCCUCAAUGCCAGCGACAAAGAGGCACUGAACCCGGGACUGGCAGCUCUAUGGCAAGAAGAAGAGGACCGCCGGCAGGAGCCAGUCUCGUGGGCACCCCUCUCGCUCGAGGAUGUUGGCUUCCCCCCUACUGAGAGCGAGCGGUUCUACCUGGCCAGACUCGACAAGCUGCUUACCAGGCCAGCCAUGGAUGAGCAGGAGCUAACGGGCACCGGCAAGCAGUCCAGAAAGAAGCACCACUCCAGGCUGCUGGACACCUCCCACGGAAUCUUGGACAGUCAGGAUGAGGCACUGGCCGAGGCACUGGCACAGGUGGCAUCCAGCUGGCACCAGGGUGCAGACGAGGAGGACAGCAUCCUGGGUAGCCUGCCAGCGCUCGACAAUGUGGUCGACGAGGAGGACGACAAUGACGUUGAGGACAUGUCCCAGGUGUUUCAGCUAGCGGGCGAACGGGAGCAGGACAAUGAUGGAGACAGCUCAAUGUCGGACCACUCUGAUGGCAAUGAGGCCUACGACCCGUUCCAGCUCGACGGUGCCGACGACCGACCCGUGGGCGCCAGUGGGACGGCGGCGACCACCCGGGACCAGGGGACGCAGACGGGAGCACGGCCGCCUGUGCUGGUGCGACGACUGCUGGGCAGGGCGCGGGCACGGCGCUGCACGCGCCUCUCGCUGCAGCGACAGCAGCAGCAGCAGCAGCAGCAGCAGGGAAACCCACAGCUGCGCAAGCCAGAGCAGUCGCCAGCAAAGUCGGCCGUGCCUGCCGCGGGACUGGAGACAGGUCAUCAGAAGGUGGAGGUUCCGGGUUCCUCCCCGCUUGUUGCCGAGGACUGGCAGCGCUGGCAGAGCUGUCACGUGGCGUCCAUGCUGAUGGCACCGCUUCCAGGUGACGGCACACCUUCCAGUGGUGUACCCAGCCCAGCGCCAUCCCUGUCUGCCGAGUCGCGUGCAGGUGGCGAAACAAGCUCCUGUCUGCAGCAUAGCGUGAAACCGUGCUUCGUCGAGCUUCCACGCCUGACAGACGAGGAAAUUGCUUCGUGGCAGCAGCGACGUGAGCCAGAGGGUCGCCGUAGGUGGAAACUGCGAGAGCUGGACGUGCAUGGCAAGAGUUGUGCUUCCCCGGUUGAGGAUAUGUCCGAGCCCAAGAAGCAGCGUCGGAAACGUGGCCGUUCAACGGACAGUAGCGUGGCUGGUAGUACCAGCCCACAACGGCGUGCUUCAUCUUUGAGAAACCGUUCGGUCUCAGUGAGCUCUGUGUCAUCUCACGUUGAGGGAUAUACGGAAUCUGAAGUCUAUCCAGUAGAGGUGGAGCACCGGACUCGUCGGGUUUCUUACAGCUCUUCGGCAGGGGACAGUACGGCAUCAAGCAGACGUGUUAAGGCCGGAACUGGCAAGAGGGUUAAAGCGGCAAAUGACUCUGCUAGUGGCAGGACGUUAAGAGAGAGGGAUAUUGGUGAGAAAGGUGAUAAGGGUCAGGUUAGGGUGUGCAUAACAGACUCUGGGGAUAACGUGGAGUCUUCAGUCCUCUCUGCAGCUGCAGCUGCUGCUGGCCUUGGCUCGGAGCUCAGUGUGCCUCUUGUACAACGUGUUCCACAUCCACGGAGGGGAAGAAAGCUGUCUACAAAGCGCCGCCUUGCUGUUGAAGUCGCGGAGACUGUACCGGAUUCUGACGCAUCCUCAUCAUUAUUGUCAUCAUCAUCGCACCUAGUAGGCAAGUCCAGUGAUCUUGAAGUGAGUGGUAGCAGGCCAUCUAUCAUCUGUCGGAUCCGUAUCCAAGGGAAGCAUGGAGUCGUCUCUACCACGAGCACUCGGCAAGUUCCUCGUGUAGUUGGCUUUGUGAGUCCUGACAGGUCUAUAAGUGAAAGUUGUGUUGCAGAUCUUGGUAGCCCUCCAACUGGCAGUGUUAGCGAUUCAUCGAGCAGCACCAUUGUUGGAAGGCAGAUGUCAGAUGGGCCUAUGUCUGGUUGCAGACCUUUGGGCUCUGAGAUGGCAGAUCCUGGCAUAGCAUCAAGGCACAAGGUUUCUAAGAAGAGUAAGUCAAGCAACGUGGCACUUGACGCACCUGCUGUGCAUUUGGAGUGCUCCAAAGCAGCCCACAUGUCAGACGCUCCAACAUCUCUUACCACACCUUUGAGCUCUGAGGUCGCAGAUUCUGGUAUUGUAUUGAGGCGGCCCAAGAGUUCCAGGAGGAGCGAGUUGAGCACCGUGACACCUGAAGCACCUGCCACGCAGUUGGAAAGUUCUGGAGCAACCCACAUGCUAGAUGUUCCUGAGCCUGUUGCCACACCUUUGAGCUCUGAGGUGGCAGAUCUUGGCGCAACACUGAGAGGAAAGUUUUCUAGGAAUAGCAAGUCAGGUACUAAUACACCUCAAGCACCUUCUGCACAAUUAGAAGACUCCGAAGUAGUUACCAUGCCAGAUGCUUCAACGUCUCUUGCCACAUCUUCUAGCUCCGAGGUUGCAGAUUCUGGUGUCAUUCUGAGGCAGCCCAGGAGUCCCAGGAAGAGCAAGUUAAGCACUGUGACACGUGAAGCACCUGCUGUGCCUUCGGAAAGCUCUGAAGCAGCCCACGUAUCAGAUGCUCCAACACCUCUUGCCAUGUCUUUGAGUGGCAAGGUGGCAGACUCUGGUGUUGUGUCGAGGCGGCUUAAGAGUUCUCGGAAGAGCAAGUCAAGUACUGCAGCACCUGACCCACCUGCCGUGCAUUUGGAAAGCUGCGAAGCAGCCACUGUGCCAGAUGCUCCCCAGUCUGACGCCACACCCUUGAGCUCUGAGGUGGCGGAUAGGGGUGUUGUAUUGAGGGCCAAGUUUUCUAGGAAGAGCAAGUCAAGCACAGUGAUACCUGAAGCACCUGCUGCGCAUUUGGAAAGCUCUGAAGCAGUCCACAUGCCGGAUGCUGCUGAGCCUGUUGCUUCACCUUUGAGGCCGGAGAACUCAGAUUCUGGUGUGGCCUUGAGGCUGAAGAGAUCUAGGAAGAGCAAGUUGAGUACUGUGACACCUGAAGCACAGCUGGAAAGCUCUGAGGCAGCCCACAUGCCAGACACUCCAACCUCUCACGCCACGAGCUCUGAGGUGGCAGAUUCUGGUGCAGUGUUGAGGCGCCGGGGUUCAAGAAAGAGCAUGUCAAACACCAUAACACCUGAAGCAUCUGAAACAGAGUUGGCAAGUCCCAAAGCCAUGUUGAGCGAGACGCCUCCUACAACUGUAGGGCUAAGUUCUUCUGACGUUGCACCGCAUGGUUUGCCCAGCAGGAAAAGCACUCGAUCAGGUAGUGGUGCUGGCACUAAAAGAGCAAAGCUAGCUGCCAGUUCCAUUGCUUCCAAACCAACUGAAUCCCCUGAAGCACUAAGUAGUAGCCCCGUUAAAAUUGGGAAUAUAGAUAAUCAUCAGCUGUGUGGUAGCAAUAGUAGAAUGGAAAUGGGAGCCCCUCAUGCUACUCUAGGAACAUUGAAAUCAGGCAGUGAUGUUGAUGCUAUUGAGGAGCCUGGAAAUGUGAAGCCAGUUUCGAAGCGGGGCCGGCCUAGGAGGACAGAUUUUGUUAGGCCACUACUUUCUAGUCCUGACAGUCAAGGUGCAGCAGAUGCAGCAUCAGAUGAUAGCACUGCACAUUGUGAGAACACUGUGCAACCAACUACAAGGCGUACAAGACGCCAGCUGGCAAAUCCAAAGCUAUCAUCAAAGGAACUUAGUGCCACAAGUUCAAGUAGUUUGGAGUCGGUCACAAGUUUUAGCAGUUGUGAAGUGGGGGGCAGCCAGCUGCUUGAAACGAGUCUUCCUAAAGAGGGAAACUUGAGAAAACAAACUGGUAAGGGGAAACAAACAAGCAGCUCAAAACUAGCCAUAAAGCCCAGCCGUUCCAAAGUGAGAGAUUCUAACGCAUUGUUAAGCCUUGGCACUGAUAGCGUGAAUGCCACCGAACUGGGCACCGAUCCUGUUGUGCAGGUAGUGGAUCAAGCAGCUAAAUCUAACAAGUCUGAAGCAAGAGGGCGCGUCUCGUCGAGAAUCUCUGCUAACAAGUUGGCUCUUAGAACGAAGAUUCAUAAGGAAGGCAAGAACAAAGAAAAGCCUGAAAGUCCUAAGCUACAAAAUGAGAGCUGCUUUGUUGCUGAUACUUCAGGAACCCCCCCACCAGGCUCUGACAUAGGUCUUGCCUCAACAGUCACCGUUGACACGAUGACCUCCUGCGUUUUGUCAUUUGGCACUGCCUACAGCACAAGUCCAAGCACUGCCAAGCUUGUCAGCGACUGCAACAUGACUAGGCAAGUAAGUUCCGGCUCACAGGUGACGAGUAGUGGCAUGGGUGAUAAGGGGAUCAGCACUCCCAACUCUGGUGCCCCUGAAAUAGUCAACUCUCACAGCCGCCUAAUGUCCAGCACUUCCAGGUCGAGUGCAUCGUCAGACAGGCGGGAAAUGGGAGGUCUGCCAGUACGUUCGAGCAAAUCGCGAAAGAGAGCAGGCCUCCCUGAAGCUCACGACCCUGGGAUACAGGAACUGCUCGUCACCUAUGAGAGGCUUACGAUUACACCACCUAGUGAGCUUUCAAGUGACGGCAGUGUGGGCAGCAAGCAGUCCAAUGUGGCACGACCGUCUGCAGCAUUUAACUUGUCCGAAGCAGCAAGGAGCAGUAACUCGCCACGAAGGUCUUCGUCAAGCAGUAUUACCAAUUCUGUUGAGAAGGAAGGCACCCAGAAGUUCGUCAGUAAUAAUGAACCUGAAGCAGAGCACCCUAAUGAACUCUCAGGUAGCAGCAAUCCCAUCGUUGAAAAAGAAUCUGGCAGUGCAAAGUCAGUUGUGUCAUCGGAUAGAAGUGAAGCAGCAGAUGCCGGUGGUUUGAUGAGAGGUGCUGAUAAGGGAGCAGAGAACAGCCCUGAAUUGGUCCCAGCACUGCUUGUGCCAAACUGUGCAGUGACCAAGCCAGGCACAGAAGAUUCUAUGAUACAGCCUAGUAGUGUGAGUAUUGCAAACGCAGAUCUUGUUGCUACUAAAGAAUUGGAAACUUCAUCACUGUGCACCGGGCAGUGCCAGUCUGAAGUUGCGGCUUUUGAUAUCCCUGUAAGCAGCAACCUUCCUGUCUCUGAGGUAAUCAUAUCGGAGCCAGCGACUGAGCCUGUAGUACCUGAAGAAGCGAAUAGUGGCUCAGCAUUUAGUAGUAACCUUGCUUCUGCGGAUACUUCGGCGAAUGUUGACCUGCAUGCAGGUUCAGAUGGACCUGUACCUGGAGGCUCUGUGCAAGGAAACUGGCCAAUCAUUUCUGCCAGCACAGUGGACGUUUCUGAACCAGUCGCUAAGCCUAAAGUUUCUGACGAGGUUGGCACUGACGCCCCUCCAAACGAAGUACUAUUAAACGCAUUGCCAUUGGGCAGUGGUUCUGACGGCUCUAGUUUAAGCUCUAACAGUUCAGCUUCUGUGCUAAGCAGACCUCGCAUGACAAGUCCCAUUGAACAAAGUUCCUCUCAACUGUUGGACAGCCGCCAUGCUGUUCAAGAUGGCAGUGUCACUGAGCUCAUGACUGAGUUAAGCUGGUCUAUUGAGUUGGGUCAGAGAGUGACAGAGGGCUGCGCUGAGCAAGAUGCCAAUGUGACUGGGACGCCUGAACUGGUCCCUAGUCUGUGUGGACAGAAGGGAAAUGAAUCCCAAAAAGCAUCAAGUGAUGAUGCUCAAUUUGAGGGUGAACCUUCAUCUUGUAUCUGUGCUGGCAGCAAGCGGACCACAGCUGAGCAGCCAAGUGCUGUUGGCUCCAUAAAUGCUGCUGAAAUGUCAUCUGUUGAUGAUGACUUCAUAUGCCUAAGCCCUGAUGCCGAUGCAGAGUGGAUCCUGCUUGAUGAGGUCAGGGAUGACUCCAUAGAACUGUUUCCAUCGUCUGAGGAGAGCGUUGCAGUAGACUGUAGUGAAAGCUGCAUUGACCAUACCGUAGAAAACCGUGUGUCUGACUGUGGGCUGAACUGUCAUAAUAUGGAUGUUAGUGAGAAAAAUGGCAUUGGCGACAUGUGCAAAAAGGAACUUGUUGGACACUUUGACGGUGUCAACACUGAAGAGAAUGUUCAUGAGGAUGUGGCUGAUGAAAAUUCUAUCCAGCAUGGAAGCAGAAAAAGUAGGAGCGAGAGAAAGGUUGACAGUGUAUCCAGAGAGAGCUCCAUUGACAAAAGCUGUGAAAGCAGCAUUAGAAAUGUUGGUAGUAUAAACUGUGCUGACAGUGCCACUGGCGAUAACUGUGUUGUGGAAAUCGGCAGUGAAGGUUGCUCAGAGGCCACUAGCAAUAAAGAACACUUUGAGAUUUCUAGCACAGACCUUGCCGAUACUAACUGUGAGGAAAUUCUUCGGAACUUUGGCAGUAAUAGUAGUUUGGUAGAUCUUGGCAGUGAAAGUUUUUCAGAGCCUACUGGCGAUAAUAAAUGUACAGAGGAGGUAGCCAAGGAAGAUGUUACCGACAUUAGCUCUGCGGACCUUGUUAAAGGCUUUGGCAGUGAGAAUUGUGUCGGUGACAUCGAUAGUGAGGGCAUUGAAUUCAUUGCAAGUGAGAACUUUGUCGAAGACAUUGGCUGUGAAGAGAGCAUGGAGCUGUUUAGUGGGAUUGACUCUGAGUGUAAGCAGCAUAAAGAUGCUGUUGCACUAAAUGAGAUAAGCAGUGAUCCUAGACAGCACGAAGACAUCUAUGCUGCGAUAGCUGCUGGAAAAUUAUUACGAGUGGCAGUUGAAAGACUGGAAGAUAUUGAUGCCCACAGUGCAAUUGGAAUGUUGUACCGUAAGGCCAAAAAAGCUUCAAAGUGUAACAGAGCCCCUUGCAAAGGUGUCGAAAUCUCUGGAGGCAAGCAUGAUGUAAACCGUGACAAUUCACAAGAUGAGCACACGGGCAUUAAUGAGAAAGAGGGAAGUGUUGGCCUAUCUUCAGUGAGAAAGUCGCCUGCCUGUCAUCGACAGACCUCGAGACCUUCCAAGUCCCUGCACAAAGACGUUGGAGCCUCUAGUAGCCAGAGCAGUGGACGAAGACCCAGUGAUUCACAAGCUCAACACCAAAGCCCACGAGAGCAAGACAGAAGUGUUAGACCUGUAUCGGUGGAGAAGGCACUUGCCUCAGACCAGCAGACCUCAAAAUUUUCCAAAACUUCUCGCAAAGAUCUCUGGGCCUCUGGCAACCAGCACUCCAGGGAUCAGACUGACGAGUCACAUGCUCAGCAUGUAAAAACUAGGAAACAGGAGGGAAACAAUGUGCCUUUUUCAGAGGAGAAGUUGUCUUCCUCUGUCAAGAUAACAUCGAAGUCCUCCAAGACCUUGCACAAAGAUAGCCGGGACACUUGCAACCAACAUGUUGAAAAAUCCACUAAAGAUUCGAAAACUCAGCAUUUAGGUGUAAGAAAGAAAGACCGAAGUGCUAAUCCUCUUACAGCAGAUAAGUCAUCAAUUUGCCACCAAAAGGCCUCAAGGUCUUCCAAGGCUUCCAAUAAAGGUGUGCAAGCUUUCAAGAGCAAGGAUAGUGAGGGUAGUUCCAAAAAAGCAGAAACACAGCGCCCAGUCAGAGAAAAGCAAGGGGAAGCUGUUGAACCUUCUUCAUUAGAAAUGUCACCAGGCCGUGAGCAACAGGCCUCAAAUCCUUCCAAGGGUUCCCGCAGAGAUGUCCAGGUUUUAAAGAGCGAGGACAGUGAGGGUAGUUCCAACAAAGCAGAAACACGGCAUGCAGACAAAGAAAAGCAAGGGGAAGCUGUUGAUCCUUCUUCAUUAGAAAUGUCAACGGGCUGUGACCAACAGGCCUCGAAGUCUUCCAAGGCUUCCCGCAGAGAUGUCCAGGUUUUCAAGAGCAAGGACAGUGAGGGUAGUUCCAACAAAGCACAAACAAGGCAUGCAGACAAAGAAAAGCAAGGGGAAGCUGUUGAUCCUUCUUCAUUAGAAAUGUCAACGGGCUGUGACCAACAGGCCUCGAAGUCUUCCAAGGCUUCCCGUAGAGAUGUCCAGGUUUUCAAGAGCAAGGACAGUGAGGGUAGUUCCAACAAAGCAGAAACACGGCAUGCAGACAAAGAAAAGCAAGGGGAAGCUGUUGAUCCUUCUUCAUUAGAAAUGUCAACGGGCUGUGACCAACAGGCCUCGAAGUCUUCCAAGGCUUCCCGCAGAGAUGUCCAGGUUUUCAAGAGCAAGGACAGUGAGGGUAGUUCCAACAAAGCACAAACAAGGCAUGCAGACAAAGAAAAGCAAGGGGAAGCUGUUGAUCCUUCUUCAUUAGAAAUGUCAACGGGCUGUGACCAACAGGCCUCGAAGUCUUCCAAGGCUUCCCGUAGAGAUGUCCAGGUUUUCAAGAGCAAGGACAGUGACGGUAGUUCCAACAAAACAGAAACAAGGCAUGCAGACGAAGAAAACCAAAGGGAAGCUGUUGAUCAUUCUUCAUUAGAACGGUCACCGGGCUGUGACCAACAGGCCUCGAAGUCUUCCAAGGCUUCCCGCAGAGAUGUCCAGGUUUUCAAGAGCAAGGACAGUGAGGGUCGUUCCAACAAAGCAGAAACACGGCAUGCAGACAAAGAAAAGCAAGGGGAAGCUUUUGAUCCUUCUUCAUUAGAAAUGUCAACGGGCUGUGACCAACAGGCCUCGAAGUCUUCGAAGGCUUCCCGUAAAGAUGUCCAGGUUUUCAAGAGCAAGGACAGUGAGGGCAGUUCCAACAAAGCAGAAACACGGCAUGCAGACAAAGAAAAGCAAGGGGAAGCAGUUGAUCCUUCUUCAUUAGAACAGUCACCGGGCUGUGACCAACAGGCCUCGAAGUCUUCGAAGGCUUCCCGUAAAGAUGUCCAGGUUUUCAAGAGCAAGGACAGUGAGGGCAGUUCCAACAAAGCAGAAACACGGCAUGCAGACAAAGAAAAGCAAGGGGAAGCUGUUGAUCCUUCUUCAUUAGAACGGUCACCGGGCUGUGACCAACAGGCCUCGAAGUCUCCUAAGGCUUCCCGUAGAGAUGUCCAGGUUUUCAAGAGCAAGGACAGUGAGGGUAGCUCCAACAAAGCAGAAACACAGCGUGCAGACAGAGAAAAGCAAGGGGAAGCUGUUGAACCUUCUUCAUUACAAAAGUCACCGGGCCCUGACCAACAGACCUCAAAGUCUUCCAGAGAUUUCCACAGUGAUCUUGGAGCCCUUGAGAACCCGGUCCAGGUCUGUGAGAAUCGAGAGAGGAGGCCUGACAGUCCAGAGGAACAACAGGCAGGAAGUGGCACGCAACAGCAAGACGAAUGCACUGAGCCUCUUCAAACGGAGAAGUCACUUUCCUACCACCAGAGGGAACCACUGCCGCCAACUGACAUGGGCAAGGAACAUGUACUGCUAGACCAAGUCCUUGACCUAGGGGAGCUUCCGGAUGCCAUCAAGUGCCUACUGGACUCUGAGGUUCCACUCCCUGAAUUGGACGCCGACUGCUUCAGCCUACCACCCGACUCUACCCGUUGGCUCUCUGAAGAUGGUGUGGUUGAGAAGCGGAAACCCGAUGAGCGCGCCCAGGCUAACAAGGAGGAGCCACCAUUCUGUCCCUCGGGUGACAUCAUGCUUGGAGAACUGACCAAGGCUUGCUCACUCACGAAUGAAGGCCUCGUUGCCCUCGUGCCAGCUGUGCCCCCACCAACCUGUGGCCCACAUUUCAACAGCUGUGGCUCAACCACUGUUCGUGCCCGCAAGAAGUGCCUGAGGGGUCUGGCCCACUGGCAGAAGACCAAACUGGAGGCCUUUGCACGGGACUCGUGCUUCGAGGUGGACUUCGAGCACAACCCCGAACUGCGUAUAGCCUUCUGUCGUGACCGCAGUGUGGUGCUGACGCCUGCACGAUCUGCGCCGACCGUCGCCUUGCUGGCACCAACCCGUCAGCGGCCACCACCCAGUCCAGACGAUGAUGUGGUGAGCAUCCGUGAGCUGCCACCUUCUGACGCCUCGCCUGACCCAACCAUGCUUUUGGUGUCCCCGCCAAGCACGCCCCCACGACAUGAGACCAGCACGUCACAACUGGAUGGACCAUCAGGUCGCUUUGCCCUCAGUGGAGCCAGGCUACCUGCAGACACGGAGCGGGUGCUGACGGUGCUAAGUGUGGAGGUGCACGUGCGGACGCGCAGCGACCUCCGUCCUGACCCGGCACAUGACCCCGUGCAAUGUGUGCUGUGGUGUGCACGUGGCCAUGGCACGGAUGCGCCUCUUGAGGCGGGCGUGAUGCACUGGGUGCUUGGAGAUCCCCGGCUGGCGGACAUCGAAGACCUCGCAGGAACCUCGCUACACCGUACGGGCGUGGCCACCCCUGGGCUGCGCACCCAGGUCGUGCGCUCGGAGCUGGACCUCUUCCAUGCCUUGGUCGACCUGGUGCACAGAUGGGACCCUGAUGUCCUGCUGGGUUAUGAUGUGGAGAGGGCAUCCUGGGGCUACCUGUUCGAACGGGCCGAGCAACUGGACCUGGACCUGUAUGCACGGCUGUCGCGUGCACCACCUCCGCCGGGCCGCAAGGAUGUCUUAGGGCGCAUCCUGCUCAGUGUCUGGCGGAUCCUGCGCAAAGAGGUCACACUGAACAUCUACACCUUUGAGAACACCUACUACAACGUGAUGCAUCGGCGAGUGCCCCUCUACUCGUUUCGCCUGCUUUCGGAAUGGUUCAGCAAGGACCUGUUCAGGUGGCGGACUGUGGAGCACUAUGCCCUGCGUGCCCGUGGCAACCUUGAGCUCCUCGAUGAGCUGAAUGUGUUUGGCAAGACGAGCCAGAUGGCCCGCAUCUUUGGCAUCCAGUUCCUUGAGGUGCUCAGCCGAGGAUCGCAGUUCCGGGUGGAGUCUAUGCUCCUACGGCUGGCACGCAGCCACCGAAUGGUGGCACUGAGCGCAUCUACGGCCCAGCGUGCCCGGCAGCGGGCGCCCGAGUUCAUCCCCCUGGUGCUGGAGCCCCGGGCACAGCUCUACACGGACCCUGUCGUGGUGCUGGACUUCCAGUCCCUCUACCCGUCGGUCAUCAUUGCCCACAACUACUGCUACUCCACCUGCCUGGGACGCGUCGAAAGCCUCGGCAGUUCAGCUCCCUUCGGUUGCUCUUCGCUGGAGGUGCCCAUGCAGCUUGUCAAGAGCCUGCGGGACCACAUCACGGUGUCUCCAGCCGGCGUGGCAUUUGUGAAACCCUCCAUCCGCAGAGGCCUGCUAUCGCAGAUGCUGGACGAAGUACUUGGCACACGGAUCAUGGUCAAAAAAGCUAUGUCCCAAUGCACAAACAAGGGUCUGCGGCGAGUGCUGGACGCACAGCAGCUAAGCCUCAAGCUGAUUGCCAAUGUUACGUACGGCUACACAUCUGCUGGCUUUUCGGGACGCAUGCCCUGCGUAGAGGUGGCGGACAGCGUGGUGAGCAAAGGUCGGGAGGCCCUGGAGCACGCCAUCCGCACGGCUGAGGCUAUUGUUCCAGGUGCACGGGUUGUGUACGGCGACACAGACAGCCUGUUUGUGCUGCUGGAGGGCCGGUCACGGGAAGAAGCCUUCCGACUGGGCCAGGAGAUUGCUGACCAGGUGACAGCGCAGAAUCCACGGCCAAUGCGCUUGAAGCUGGAGAAGGUGUACCAGCCGUGCGUGCUCCAAACCAAGAAGCGGUACGUCGGAUUUGCCUAUGAGAGCCCUGACCAGCAGGAACCGAAGUAUGAUGCCAAAGGCAUUGAGACUGUUCGUCGUGACACUUGUCCUGCUGUUGCUAAGCUCCUGGAGAAGAUGCUGCGGGUGCUGUUCACCUCACGUGACAUAGUUGCAGUCAAGCGCUUUGUCAAGCUGCAAUUGUCCAAAAUACUGGCCGAGCGGGUCAGCCCCCAGGACUUCAUCUUUGCCCGCGAGUUUCGCGGUCUGCACGGCUACCAGCCUAGUGCGUGCGUUCCUGCUCUUGAGAUUACCAGGCGUCAGCUGCGGCGUGACCCCCGUGCCGAGCCACUGGUUGGCGAGCGAGUUCCCUAUGUGGUGGUUUACGGCCACCCGGGCCAGCGGCUGAUUGAGCUGGCGCGGUCGCCUCUCGAGCUGCUGUCAGGACAGCUACGCCUCAACGCUCACUACUAUGUGGCACGCGUCAUUGGACCUGCGCUCAACCGUGUUCUUCGGCUACUUGGUGCUGAUUGCCUCCAGUGGUAUGAAGAGCUUCCAAGACCUCGCUUUGUGGCUGCUCCCCGUCCAGGCACGAUGGCUGCCUACGUCACGGUCAACCAGCUAUGCCUCGCAUGCGGCGGACAGGCCGAGUCGCGGCAGCUCUGUGCCUCGUGCGAGGCGGACCCCGGCUACGCAGCGCUCGUUCUCGGUGGCAAGGUGCAACGUGUCCAGAAGGCGCUGCUCGAGUUGCAGGCGGUGUGCCACAGCUGCAUGGGCUUCCAGGCUGGCAGCGUCUGCCUGUCAAUCGACUGCCCCGUCCUUUUCAAGACGUCGCGUGUCACAACCGAGGCCCAGCAGGCCCUCGACUGGAACAGUGCCCGGAACAGUGUAUCUACGACGUCCUCGUAGCAGCGUUGGCCUCUUCUGGCCGACCCUGUCUUUCACUGGAAGUCCUGCAGCACGUCUUGGCAGUUGCGUGCAACUUUCCAGUGCACAGUAUUAAAGUCCCAAAGGAGAUGAUCUGACAUAUCAAGCAUGAGUGGGAUGCCAUGGCUGUGAGCUGCACUUCUUUCUAGUUUAUGCAGCUUAAGUGUCUUUGAUGGGUGCACCGGCAACUUCAGUUUGGCAGGACAGACCAGCUUGAGUUUGCUCCAAGAUUGCUUUUUGGCAAGGAUUUUGCCAGAGUCAUUGUGUUCAUUGCAAGUUUGCGACUACAAGUGUGAAUGCUUCAAGCACAACCAUGCUUAGCUGUGGUGGAUUUGGACAGGCUUGCUGACAGACUAAACUGUCUAGCCUCUUGGAAGCCCGAUUCACUCUGGGACUUAGUCAUUGCAGAAGGAGUAGACCACAGAAACCGUGUACAAGUGAAUGUUCGCUGCUGAGCUCUGUGAUCGUGAAUUUUUUACUCUGUGAUUCAUUUCGAGAAGCCAUGUGAUCAGGCCUACACAAUCGGGAGGAUGUGCGUCUUUGUCCACAUGUACAGCCUUUCCUUUUUUUUUCUUCCCAAGCAGACGACGAGAUUUACUGACCUGCGCAUCUGCAUGGCAACAGUGCAGUAGUGAUCUCAGGCUCGAAGCUCGGGAUUUGUAUUCUGUGAUCUUGGUGGAGGAAGCAAAUCAUCAGUCAUGGUGGCAGGAGCCACAUUAACAUUCGCAAGGGAUGCAGCAUAGUCAGCCACAUUUGUUCAUUUGUGUGUUUGCUCAUUUCUGUUGGAAACUGUGUGAACUGUUUGAGUGUGUUGGGUGAGUGCCCUCUCUUAUUCCACAGGCGAGGAGCCAAGGCGGCUCUGCUUGUGUGUGGGCUGCAUUUCUGUACAUAUACUGGCUGAGGUGAGCCCCCUCAUCAUUUUCAAUUAAAAUGAAAAAAUAUAUUUCACAA